AUGCACUGUGUUGCAUGCAUUGUCAACCUCUGCAAGGCUUGUGUGGGAGAACACAUCUCGGAUGAAUCCAAGGAUCAUAAAGUGGUCAAAUUUCAAUCUAGGAAAACCACCCCUCUCUACCCUAGAUGCACAUUCCAUGAAACAGAGCGAUGUGAGAUGUACUGUAGACAUUGUGACAUUCCUGUCUGCCUCACUUGUCUGGAUUCUGAUCAACACCGCAGUCAUAAGUUAUUAAGAAUCCAACAAAUAUUGAGUGAAAAGAAAGACUUUAUGAAAAAGGAGCUACGUGAGUUAAAUGAAACAAUUUAUCCUACCUACCAGUGCUUUGCAGCACAUUUAAAAGUUAAAAUGCGUCAUUUAGAAAAGGAAUAUGAAGAUAUCUCGACAGUCAUAACAAAUCAUGUAAUUUACUGGCACAGAAAAAUUGACAAACUUGUCAAUAAACUUAAAACCGAAGUUAAUGAAAUGAAGAUCUCUCAGUUACAAACUUUACAACAAUAUUUUGAUGAUAUAUACAAGAAGAUUGUUGACAUUAAAAGUGAAACCGAUUCAUUAAAUACAUGUUUUGCUGAAAACACAAAUGACAUUGCAAGAAUUUUAAGUUUAAGACCUAAAGUAAAUCAAUAUAAAGAGCUUCCACAAAAUCUCGUACUCUUUAUUCCUAAAUUCACUCCUAAUACAAUUCAAGAUGAAAAACUUAUUCACCAAUUUGGAGGGUUAUCGUCAAUUCCUUUUACAACAGAAGAUGUGAAAAUACAGACAACUCAAAAAUCAACACAACGGGGUUUUUCCUUGCUUAAAAAGAAAUCUGGAUUCCAUCUUCCAAGAAAACAAUUUAACAUUGAUAUGUUCCAUUUUAAAAACUAUCUUCAAAAUAUUGCCUGUCCGGGUGAUGAAAAGAUAUGGACAUGUGAUUUCAGCAAUAUCAUAGAGCUCUAUGACACCAAAAGGCAUUUACAUACCGGGAUAAUCAGGACUAAGUCAGGGAGCAUCCCAGCAGAUAUAACAGUGACAGGUAGCGGAGAUCUCAUUUAUACUGAUGACGUGUAUAGAACUGUAAACAUAGUAAAGAAUGAAAAGAUAGAGGAGAUGAUUAGAUUCAAGAACUGGAAACCUCGUAAUUUAUGUAGCACUUCCUCUGGUGACCUCUUGGUUACCAUGGAAAGUGAUGACAGUAAACAAUCGAAGGUUGUCAGAUACUCUGGCUCAACAAAGAAACAAACCAUUCAAUAUGAUGAUGGGGGCAAUCCCCUUUACACAUCUGGAUACACCUACACGUAUAAUGGUUCUCAUAAAUAUAUAUGUGAGAACAGGAAUUUCGAUAUAUGUGUUGCUGAAUGUAGGUCUAACACAAUAGUGGUGGUCAAUCAAGGUGGAAAAUUGAGAUUUAAAUACUUUGGACACUCUCCUGCUCAAAAAAUGAACCAUUCAGUGCAAGAGGAAUCACAACAGACAGUCAAUGUCACAUUCUUACAACUGAUCAUGAUAAUAACUGUAUUCACAUCAUUGAUCAAGAUGGACAGUUUCUAA